AUGCCCCACAACAGAAACCGUGCCGGACGCCGAGGAACCGAUUCCCGAGGUGCCAACUCCAAUCCGCAUCGUCAGUCGACCUCUGCGUCUGCAGUGUCCCGCGAUGGCGCCAAUGCCACUCAGAACAGAAGAGGAGGGAGAGGAUCCUCGAAUUUGAGCAAAUCUACAGACAACGUCCAGAAUGGUCCCACCGCACCUGCAGCCUCUCUUCCGCCACCAGAUGAUCAUGUGCCUAUGGCGGGGUUCAACGCCGGCGCUGUGGAGGCCCUGCUGAAGCAAGGAUACGAGCCCAAGACUUCUCUCUACAAGCCAGAGGCGAAGUCACAGACUCCGAGUCCAUCGAGCCCAUGGGGCGCGAAGCGUGAGUACACUGGCUACCCACCCGCUAUGAUGGCUAACGCCGUGGUCAGCUGGAUCCAUGGCAAAUGGGAAGGACUUCUGGCUUGA